GCGCGGUGCAGCCAGUGGCGUGAAACGCUGAUGACAGACAGCGGCAACCGACGCGCCGAUAUCAACGCUGAGAUGACCUACCGAGCACCUCAGCGUCUCAUGCGCUUCACGUCCGUUGAUUGCGAGCGCCAAUAACCGAGGACGAGCGAAUCUGAAGCGGUUCGGACUCGCCGUUUCACUGUGCGGAUCAAAACCUACAUCCAUCCAUCAGUCGCGGGAGCGUGAGAUGACAAAGUGAAAGAACCUGGAGAUGUCUCAGAAGAAGAUAUUCCUAGUAUUGAUUGCAAUCAGCACUGUCAGCUUGCUUCUGCACCAUGGGGGUCACUUGAACUUGACGUUGGAGGCAUUCUGGUUGAGCUGUCCAUCCUCCCCGGUGCCCCCCUCCCAGGGCAGGAGUGGACCUUCUGCUAAACACACCAGUAUAGCCUUCCUGAAGACGCACAAAACCGCCAGCUCCACUGUGCAGAACAUCCUCUUCCGCUUUGCUGAACGCAACAACCUCACUGUGGCACUGCCUAUUACCACCUGUGACCACCAGUUCUGCUACCCUCGACCAUUCAGUGCCCACUUUGUUCAUCCGCACACCACGCCGCCUGACAUCAUCACCAACCACUUACGGUUCAGCCGGGCUGAGCUACGACGCCUCAUGCCCAACAACACAAUCUACAUCACGAUAUUGCGGGAACCGGGAGCGAUGUUUGAGUCUCUGUUUACCUACUUCAAUCAGUACUGUCUUAGUUUUAAGCGUGUUCCAAAUGGCUCUCUAGAGACUUUCCUGGAGCACCCUUGGAGCUACUAUCGACCGGAAGAGAAGGAUUCAAUGUAUGCGAGAAAUACGCUGACCUUCGACCUAGGCGGUGAUAAAGACCGUCCUACUUCAGAGGCGCUGGCGUAUGCGAAGCGAUUCGCUGCAGAGAUGGAGCGAGUGUUCUCGUUGGUUAUGAUUGCGGAAUACUUUGACGAAUCCUUGGUGCUGCUACGCCGCUUGUUGUCCUGGGAUCUCGACGACGUUCUGUACGUUAGUCUAAACAUGCGCACGGCUGACUCCAAGAGCAGCCUUUCCAGUGAAAAUAUAGCCAAAAUCAGAGCCUGGAAUGCUAUAGAUUCCGUACUGUAUGAUUACUUCAAUGCCUCACUGUGGCGGAAGCUGAGAGCGUUAGGACCAGCGUGUGUUGAGCGAGAAGUCCAGCUGUUGCGUCAGUCUCGUGACCGACUUGUCCGCAGCUGCUUUGGAGGGCAUUUGCCACCGCUUCGCUCUGCCGCACAGAUCACAAACAAGGAACUACGGCCUUGGCAACCAAGUUCCAAAGUGGAAAUAGUUGGGUACGAUCUACCAGUUAACAUGACACAAAAAGGCCACGUUCCUCCACGAGACGAGUGUUUAAAAAUGAUCAUGCCGGAAGUGCAAUACACACGGAUGUUGCUGCGCUCAGAGUCCCUACGUUAUCGAAAGCGGUUUCCAUUACGCAGCUCCCAGCAGACUGCACGAAGCGUGGGACAAGUACGGGCACAUAAAGAAUCCCCGGCUCCGAGUUUGAAUCCGCGACCCUUAGAGACUAUGGCUCGGAGCACCAAAGGAGCACUACGGCUUUCCCAAUGACAGGAUAGUUAAACUUCUUUCCUUUAAUUCCCCCUUCCUUGCUGCGAAAUAUCCAUGAGAUGUUGGAAGUACUUGAAAGCUUGAGGUCAUACCUCAUUUUCACAACUCUUGUUAGAAAAAUCUUUGUGUUUCUCAAAUUGAAAUGUAAAAAGGUGAAGGAAAAUAUAUAUUGAAGUCUAAAAGCUUAACAUCUGGAAUGUGUCUCAGUCUCUCAAGGACUAAACCAUAGCUCACUAUUUGUAUUUAAGCCAUCAUUGACCUGCUGGAAAAUCCUUAACCAGUUUAAGUUAGUACUUGGUUUUACAUGGUUUCUAGCAGGUUGAAGCUAGUCUCUUAUGGUCACCAGCGUCCAAGCUUGUCUAGAUGGUUGAUCCAGCUGUAUUACCAGCUGGUGAUGCUUAGAUUGACCCGGAAGGUUUGGAUCACCUUGAUAGACAACCAGCUACAAACCAGCUUGGAGUUCCGGCAGGGUUUUAGAAUAUCUCUUUGCUGGUAUUUGGAGUUAAUUGCAUUUGAGCAUUGUUGGGCUUUCUUUUUACCAGUUUUUACACAUGCUAACAUACUGACAGCUACACCUGAGCCACAAAUCACCAUAAUCGACUCUUCAGUUGUGGUCCAAAAACCCAGCAUCAUGUGUCGACGAUGAUGCAAACGUCUCGAAGGACAUUUAAAUAUUUAAUCAUUUAUUCUUUAGCCUCUCCUCUGGCAGCGCUAGGGUUACACAACCCUGCAUUUUUAUGAGGCCACUGUGGACCAGGUCUGGACUAGAAGCCGGGGAUGGUGACGAGACAAUUUGUCUACUUGGACCCAAUUGAGGUCAGUGAAGAAGAAUCACGUUAUAAUAUAUGUUAUAAGCCAGAGUGAGCUGUGUGUUAGUUUCAUCUUUAUGUGAUUAUUUUUGGGAUAAUGCCUAUAAUGCAGUGCACUUGAAAAUAUGUAAGUUGUGUAAUUAAACUAUAGUAGGAAAUACAGCUCCACGUUGUCCGUUUAAGACUGGUGUACAAACUCUGUCCUGGCAAGCCGGUGUCCUGCAGAGUUUGGCUCCAACACCUGCUGGGAAGUUUCUAGUAUGCCUAGAAAGAGAUUGAUUCAGGUGGGUCUAAUUGGGGUUGGAGCUAAACUCUGCAGGACACCGGCCCUUCAGGACCAAGUUUGGACAACCCUGGUUUAAUACAUACUCUACAGGCAUGUAAACGCAAAAAGUUCUAGCUGUGCAAGAUUGAUUUUGCGUAGAGUGUGCUUUUGACCUAACUUUACUUUAGUGGAGCUUCACUUGACAAAGGCACUGUGAUGUAGGGGUGCUGGGUCGUGACCAACCAAAUGGUGGCCACCCACAUAAAGAGUCAUGCCAGUGGAAUGUAAAAGCAAAGUCUGUUGACUGUCUUUGUGCUUAACACAACACUGCAUAACUUUCUUGUAAACCAAUGGUUCUCAACUGGUUUGUUUUUGCAACACAGGAGUUACUUUGAAAUAAAUUUGCACCAAAUUACCAUAGAGCGUGACCGGACGCAGCAACUGGAACCAACCAGUCGAAAACCACUGGUUCAUGCCAGUGUUUACCAACCCUGUUCCUGGAGGCACCCAACACUUGAGCUCUUCCUAAUCAAGCACACCUGAAUUAACAAUAAAAUUCAGUAGAGACUCCAAAACCUAAAACGGAUGCGUCAAGAGGUGUUAAGGUACCUUCAGAAACAAAGUUGGGGAAACACUGAUUUAGGCUACCAAAUAGAAACUGAAUACCUCUGAAAGAACAGCCUCCUAAAGAAUAUUGUUUCUAAUAUUGGUUUCUUUGCUCUUUAAAGCCACAAAGUUUGUUCGGGAGAGGAAUUUAUUUUUAGAUGGGAUGAAGCAAAUUUGCUUCUCACUCAAACUUUCCUGCAAUAAGAAUUUCCAUUUGUCCUGAAGUGAUUUUCAUCCUUCAUUUGGUGACAUCUUGCUAUCGUAUUUCUCCAGACAGAUUUUAGAGAAUAGUAUUUGGAGCAAUAUAGCAACGGUAUGUAUGCCAUAAUGCAUAAUUACUAGAAUGAAGGUAUAUAGAUCAAAGCGUCAUGAGCACCUUGAAACAAUUAUCCACUCAUACCUAAAGAAAUGCUGUUUGGUGUUUGUAGUGAACAUAUGGUCUGGAUCUAUGAAUCCCAAAAGACAACUCAUUUAAAAUCCUCAUGUUUCACAAUUAGAAUACCUCGGGUAAUAAAUUAAAACUGUUGUUAGUGGAAGCAUCUCAGUCCUUAAAGACUGUCGAGCCAUUAGACUUGUAGAAAGUGCUCUUUGAUUGUAUAUAAUGUGCUUUCUGUUAAACAUAACACAAUUCUGAGUUAAAAUUUUGAACACGGAAUUUGUUCUUCAUUCUUGUUUGGGCUAGAAAACCUCUGGGUAGAUAACACUGCAGACAAUUCAGUGUUGUUGUUUUUUUUUUUUUUUGUCAUCUCUGAUGUUUUAUAAGAGAAUUUAAGUAAAGCAUGGAGUGAUUUGCCAUCAUUUACUGUAUACAAAGAAUCUGCUGUGCAACAGGUCGGACGAAGGUUUUUCACGAGGAUUGAAGAAAGAGAUUUUUAUGCUGGAUGAUUAGA